AUGUCCGAGGUACCCAUUGACGAAGAGCAACUGCUCUACUUUGAGGAACGCAACAAAGACCAGAAUGAAUCAGUAGUAUUCUUACACGGUGGCGGAGGUAGUCAUAUAGAGUGGAAAUUGGUUGCUCCCCAGCAGUCACUGGCCUCUUAUCAUCUAAUACUCGUCGACCUUCCAAUGCACUCUGGAUCUUGGGACAUCGGGCGUCCUUUAACACUCGCAUCGGCUGCUGACGAAGUAUACAAAGUCAUUCAAAAGCACUCUCAUGGCGGAAAAGCACACGUCGUUGGCUUAUCUCUGGGUGGUUUCGUUGCGCUCGUUCUCACACCUCGCCAUCCCGAGGUCGUGCUGUCGACGUUUGCAACAGGUGCUUAUCCCUACAGGGGGAUGUUCAAAUGGUUCAUGGAGCACCCGAUGGCCAUGUCAAUUGUGAAUAGCAUACAGAAUAUUCCCGGUGUACUCGAGACGUCACUGCGGCGGCAGGGAAUUGACUAUGAGGAAUGGGUUGCCGAAGCGAAGAAGAACCAUUCACCAGAGAGGGCCAAGGCGAUGAAUAAGGAGCUCAAUGCCUUUAGUAUGGAGGAUGUCAAAGCUAUUGCUGAUUCUGGAGUGAGAACUUGUGUUAUUUCGGGAGGGAGAAUGGAUCAGAUUGACCCUGUACGAGAUAUGGGAGUUAUUCUGAGAGAGGGAGGACAGAAGAAGGGAGUCAAGAAUGAGGCUGUUGUUGUGAGAGAUGCUUAUCACCCUUGGCAUUUACAGUUACCGGAGUUGUUUGCUGCUGGUGUUGCUGCUUGGGUCCAGGGGAAAGAAUUGCCCAUAGACUUUGAGAUCUUGUAG